AUGUGGAUCAAAGAGAAAGGCACAAAAGUCAUCCACUGCGGCAAGAAAGACGACCAGUAUGAGGGCUGGGUUAAGGAGGGUAUGUGCGACGGCACCGUUGUUGCUGAUCUCGAGGACGACGAAAACACCGCCAAAAAUAUACAAAAGGGAGUGGAGGAGUCCGGCUUCAAAAUUGAUGCCGUAUUUAGUCGCACAGAACAAUGGCAGCCCCUGGUAGGACAG